AGAACUCAAGGACACAGAGACGUGGUGUCAUGCUGACAGAUGAAAUAGGAUUGACUGGAGAGAUGAGCUCUUAUUUUAAGCACAGGCCCAGUGAGGUCUCACUCUACAGGGAACAGUCUGCUGUACUGAAGCGUGAGACCCCUUCAGUCCUACAGUUAAAGUUGAUGAGUGGCUGAUCGAGUGGUGAGGAUGGCAAGCAUGUUCACUCGAGUGCUGUCUGGACGCAACACGGCUGUGAUCAUGGCCGGCCUGGGUGCGGGUACCCUGGUAUCCAGCUAUAUCAUGAUGAUUGAGUCAGGAGUCUCUGCUGGGGAGAAAAAGAAGCUGUACCCACCCAGUGCUGACUACCCAGACCUGCGCAAACACAACAACUGCUUGGCUUCUGCCUUGACUCCUGCUAUUUAUGGCCAGCUGAGGGACAAGCUGACCCCCAAUAACUGGAGUCUUGACCAAUGCAUUCAGACUGGAGUGGACAACCCUGGUCAUCCCUUCAUCAAGACUGUGGGUAUGGUGGCUGGUGAUGAGGAGAGCUAUGAGGUUUUUGCUGAAAUCUUUAACCCAGUCAUUAAGGACAGGCACAAUGGCUAUGACCCUACAACCAUGAAGCACCCAACAGACCUGGACAGCUCAAAGAUCACCUCCAGGAUGUUUGAUGAGAACUAUGUGCUGUCAUCACGUGUGCGCACGGGCCGCAGUAUUCGUGGGCUCAGUCUGCUUCCCGCCUGCACUCGUGCUGAACGCCGUGAGGUGGAGCGUGUGGUGGUCCAGGGUCUUUCUGGUCUGAAGGAUGAUCUGGCGGGCAAAUACUACAGCCUGACAGAGAUGACUGAGCAACAGCAGCAGCAGCUGAUUGAUGUAAGUACACACCAGAAACACAUUUCAGCAUAAGCUCACUGUAGGCAAAUUACUAUGGAAGCAGACACAAAUAUGUCAGUUGCGUUUAUCCAGUUUUUCCCGGUUUUCAAACUUCACAGACCUCCAGACCAGAUAUAAAAUCAUACUAAUUAAAAACGUUAUCUUAUAUAAUGAUUUUUCUAUAUUUUAUAUCUUAUCUGCAGAUCACCUGCAGUACCUCCACAAACCUUGAGAGGUCCCUGUUUAAAAAUCUUGGCAGUAUGUCAUUCUCACAUUCACAGUAAAAGACAAUAUAGCAAUAAAGCAAAUAUUAAAGCUUAAAAUUAGCAAACAGAACAAAGCGAAGAGUGAACAUUAGCAUUAUGUGUGGUCACAGAACCUCAAUUAUAUAUCAUACUGUCAUCAUCAUGCUGAAAAGAUAAUGUUUGACCAGCAUGAAUUUCCGUGAUAAUUUAUAUUAGUGCUAGUUUGAUGCUUUACAGCACUGCAGUGAUGAUAGUUUUUUGUAGGCUAACCAGGAAGUUAGGAAGUAGGAUUUUUACAUUGACGUUUGGAUUAUUGCAAAACAAGCUCUGUGACUAAAGUUUAUGAUUUUUACCCUUUUUUCAUCAUUAUAUCCUGAACAAAUGAACACAACAUUAAAAAGCUAAACGUAAUCUAUAAACAAAGUACACCACAGUCACAUGACUUUAACGUCAUCAUCAGUUCUGAACUUCUGACAACUCUUUCAGUCUUUAUUUAAAAACUUUGAAAGUUUCUUUGAAAGUUUGAGUCUGAAUAGUUUACUAAAGUGUGGUUAUAAGCACAAUGAGACUGAGUUUAGAGUUUACUUUAAAAGAAACUUAAAACUUAACACUUCAGAAACUUAAAACUUUUUUCAGUAUUACUGAUGGAUUUUAAGAUAUUGAAUAAAACGUGAAGAUAUUUUGAGCUUGUGUUUAACCACAGACUUUAUUUCAGGCUUUUAAACCCAUUCAAAAAACCCAUUGACCUUAGAAUUAUGGAAC